GCUUGGAACGGGUUGAUCCGGCACGAACCCGAUUCAUUUGCCGUCGGAUCAGUCGCAUUUCGGUUUCUUUUCUGACCGUCUCUGGCCAUCGCCACCGAACCCCGCUGCUUGUCUGGCCCUGUCCGGUAAUCUCUGCCGGAUGCCUAGCACCGAUAUCAGAAGAAGAGAAGCAACAGGGGGAGUGAGUCAUGGCGCAGAGGCACAAGGCCUUGGCGGCAUUCCCGACCCUCCUCAGGAGUCUCCGGAAUCCAUCAUCUCAAAAGCCCUUCAAGCCUUCUUCCCUGCCUUCUCUCCGGCGUGCAUUUUCUCUUUAUGAUCAGAUUAAUCUGAUAGAUCGUGUCAAUGAAGAACAGCUACGUUUCGAGAGGUUCACUGAUACAGGAUUUACUGUUAAUGGUGUCCAAUAUGAAGGGAGCCUGCUCUGUGUGGGGAACAUGGUGUUGUCAUGGAGUCCAAGAAAAUGGUCAGAAGUGAUUCCUGAAAGUUUAUCAGUAUUCCAAGUUUUGCGACCAUCACCAGAUAUUCUGAUUCUGGGCUGUGGAAGAAAUAUUCAGCCAGUUGGUCCAGAACUACAGCAAUUCGUUCGGUCCAUUGGCAUGAAAUUAGAAGCUGUUGACUCGAGAAAUGCUGCAUCUACAUACAAUAUAUUGAAUGAAGAAGGGCGCUUGGUGGCGGCUGCAGUUCUUCCGUAUGGAGCUCAGGACUGAAAGAUGCUGCUGAUCCAAUUUGAGCUGAUUCCUUUCAACGUGGAAAGAAUCUUUGUAGUUCAACAACUACAAAUAAGCUCUCGAUGCUGUGAUCUCAUGCAAGUGAAGGUGGUUAAUUGAUUUUUUGGCAAGUAGCUGAAGGCUGUAAAGAAGCAUUGUGAUUAUGGGUGGGAAAAGUAGGUCACUGAAUGUCAACUGUUUCUUCUAUAAAGCAUUUGGAUUCGGUA